AUGUAGGGAGUUGGACUUCGAUGGUGGAGUUAAAUCUAGGCACUAAUCAGUUAACCAAAUUACCAGAAGGUAUCCAGUGUUUGACCUCGCUAGAGGUUCUGAUCCUCAGUAACAACUUCCUCAAGAAACUUCCGAGGGGCAUUGGUAACUUAACCAAGCUGAGAGUCUUGGAUCUGGAGGAAAACAAAUUGGAAUAUCUACCAUCAGAGAUUGGAAAUCUGAAGGAGCUUCAGUAACUUGUGGUGCAAUCCAAUCAACUUGUGAACUUGCCAAGAGGGAUCGGGUUUAUGGUUGGAGAUCACUCUCAAAGAUCAUCCUCUGAAGCUAUCUUAACAAGGUUGCAUGAAAAAGCCAAAGCAA